UUCUUCAUUCUUCCCUGACAUCUGGUUUGAUUCUGAGUAGCUAAAUAGUGGCUUUGCCAUGAACAACAAAAGCUAAUUCACUGUGGUUUUUAAACACCAAGCGCAAAUAUUUUUCCUUUUCAGCUUGGGGUCACUGGAAGGGAAAAAACAGGACUGAGAAGGACAUUAUCCUUUUAAAAACUAUUACAACUUCCCAUAGAAAAUAAAACAAUGGCAUCAUUUCCUUCCAUUCAUGAGUCUUUUUAUGAGUGAUUGUUGUUUGAAAUAAGACUAGGGAUCUGAAGAAGAUUUUUAAAUACUGUUUUAGCUUGGUUUUCUACUCAAAAGCCCACCAUGAUUGCUUUUAAGAGGCCACACAAAUCCCAGUAAAGCCCAGGGCCACCCUCUUUGCUUUCUCUCUCCUUUGUCUUCAUCCCUGGCUGGCUUUCUCUCUUCCUUUUCUUUAGCUCUUUGAUUUCCUCCCUCAUGAAGGGCCCUGGCCCUCUGCUAAUGGGAGGGAUAUGUUAGACAGGAGCACUACAAUUUACAGUAUUUUAGGCAAUGGCCAUGCCAUCUACUGAUGCCACUAACGUGCUUGGAAGGCUGAAGAUUCUGUCUGAGUCACUUCCCCAAGGUUCUAGCCAGAGUUUCUGUUGAUUUGGACUGUCUUAGUGCAUCCCUAGAUUCAGCACCAUUCUGUUCAUCCUCAGAAAUGAAGUCACUUAUUUUGACUCUUGCUCCACAUGACUAAGGAGCAGAAGCAAAGCAACCAAUGCAGGGAACUGAUGUCAUCAGCAGAGACCUGAUGAUUAUCAGAAGAAAGCAAGUCUAUGUACCUCACUAUCAACUAUUUCAAUCUUCUUUCUGGAUGGCAAAACUAAAGCUCUUCUCCACCUUUCCAUAAAUUUCUCUUCUUUCCUUCUCUCUGCCCAUCUAGCUUUUGCACAUGGAUUCAGUGCUGGGUUUAGGUGAGAGAUGAAGCAUAUGCCAUGAUGACAGAAAGGCUAUAAGAACAGAACUAUUAAAGUCCCCAAAUUCUCCCUUUCUUGCCAAGAGGAUAAUCUGAGUAGGCUCCAGGCUGUUUGAUGUUUGUGAAGAGACUUACGGAUUCUUACCAUGUACUAUUACUGCUGUUAUCGGCAUCACCAGAGUGCAACAUGUUGAUACAGGUGGUAUGUAUGGUGGAGGUAGGAGAGGAUCAGAAAUUGAUCUGCAACACGCAAAGAAAAACUCCAUUUGUAUCCCCUCCAUCCUUUCAGUGUAUGUGCAAACAUGUGCAGACCUGUUGAACAGCUCACCCUCACACUGACCUAAAAUUUCACAGCUAAGUGAACCAGCCCCAGCCCUGUGGGAAGAAUGGGUGGCAAUGUGUGGCAGCCAUGGAAUGAUGGAAUGAAACGUAUUCCUUCUCAUGACUGCACAGUUGACAUAGGAGCUGGGCUGUUGUGGCUCCCUGGGUUUUAGUAUUUGUUCAGCUUCCUACUCUGGCAUCAUGCUAAUGGUUUCCAUAGCCACGUGGCACUUGGCAGAGCUUCUCAAGCUGGUAGGACCUGAGAGUCUGCAUUUCUAAGAAGCUCCCAGGUGACGGCUGACCCCUGGCCUAUUGCACUUAGAGCAGCCAGGCUAUAAAAAAGCACCACUGCAUUCUAAACUCCUCCAGGGCUGGAAAAGAAAAGUACCAAGCUCCUCCUCUGGAGACAGGGUGUGUCUGAGGCUGCCCUGGAGUCCUGAUUUGCCAUUCAAGUGAACCCCAGAGGGAUUAGAGGCUGGCCCAGCACUUGGGUGAGACCAUCUCCCCCUCUGGGGGUGGGGGGAGUUCUGGAGGCAGCACAGAUGUUGUGUGAAAGUCUGCCACCCUCCUUGCUGAAGGUUGCCCUUGCUCGCCCUCUGGCCCCCCUGUUCUGCCUGCUGACUUAAAGAGAUCAGCUUUCAGCGAUUUGGGACUCCAAAAGGGCUUUGGAUAAAAGAAAAGGCCUGUCCUUAAGAAGCAGAGCUGGAAUCCAAGCAUGCCUCUCGCCUGCUGCAUGCCCAAGAAUGCAGCCGUCUCCAACCUGGACAUCGAGAGUAAGCUGAGUGUGUACUACCGUGCACCGUGGCACCAGCAGAGAAACAUCUUCCUCCCCACCACAAGGCCACCCUGUGUGGAGGAGCUGCACCGCCAUGCCCGGCAGAGCCUGCAAGCCCUGCGCAGAGAACAUCGGAGCCGGACUGACCGCCGGGAGCAGAGAGCCGCUGCCCCCCUUUCUGUAGUCGCUCCUCCAUUGCCAGCCUACCCCCCAGCUCACAGCCAGAGGAGACGCGAAGUUAAGGACCGUCACUUCUUAACGUUUAACAGCACCCGUUCGCCCUCCCCCACUGAAUGUUGCCACAUGACCCCAUGGAGUAGAAAGUCCCAUCCCCCGGAGGAUGAAGAUACAGAUGUCAUGUUAGGGCAGAGGCCGAAAAACCCAGUACAUAAUAUCCCCUCGACACUGGACAAGCAGACCAACUGGAGCAAAGCACUACCUCUCCCAACACCAGAGGAGAAGAUGAAGCAAGAUGCUCAAGUGAUUUCUUCUUGCAUUAUUCCCAUCAAUGUCACUGGAGUUGGUUUUGACAGAGAGGCUAGUAUACGCUGCUCUCUUGUUCAUUCACAAUCCGUACUACAGCGGAGACGAAAACUGAGGAGGAGGAAAACCAUCUCUGGUAUCCCCAGAAGAGUCCAACAAGAAAUAGAUUCUGAUGAAUCACCCGUGGCCAGGGAAAGGAACGUGAUUGUACAUACAAAUCCAGACCCUUCCAACAUUGUCAAUAGAAGGUCUGGAACCAGGGACUCAGAGUGCCAAACGGAGGACAUUCUGAUUGCUGCUCCAUCCAGAAGGAGAAUCAGAGCUCAAAGGGGUCAAAGCAUUACAGCUUCCCUUUCACAUUCCGCUGGCAACAUUUCUGCAUUGGCAGACAAAGGUGACACCAUGUUUACCACGGCAGUGAGCAGCCGCACAAGAUCUCGGAGCCUUCCCCGGGAAGGCAAUAGAGGUGGAGAUGCUGAGCCCAAAGUUGGUCCGAAACCCUCAGCAUAUGAAGAGGGGGAGCCUUUUGUGGGUGACCAAGAAAGAACCCCUAAUGAUUGCAGCGAGGUCCCCAGCAGCCCAAGUGCCCAGGAACACCAGCCUGCUUUGGGUCUAGCCUGUUCUCAACAUCUUCACAGCCCCCAGCACAAGUUAAGUGAGAGAGGGAGGUCACGUCUGUCCCGAAUGGCUGCUGACUCUGGCAGUUGUGACAUCUCUUCCAACUCGGACACCUUUGGGAGCCCCAUCCACUGCAUCUCCAUGGCUGGUGUCCUCCUCAGCAGCCACAUGGACCAGAAAGAUGACCACCAGUCAUCCAGUGGCAACUGGAGUGGGAGCAGCUCCACAUGUCCUUCACAGACCUCAGAGACAAUCCCUCCUGCAGCUUCUCCUCCCCUCACUGGCUCUUCACACUGUGACUCGGAGUUGUCACUAAACACAGCCCCUCAUGCUAAUGAGGAUGCCAGUGUCUUCGUGACAGAGCAGUACAAUGACCACUUGGAUAAAGUGAGAGGCCACCGGGCAAACUCCUUUACCUCCACUGUGGCAGAUCUUCUGGAUGACCCCAAUAAUAGCAACACAAGUGACAGCGAGUGGAAUUACCUACACCACCACCACGAUGCCUCCUGCCACCAUGAUUUUAGUCCUGAGCGCCCCAAGGCAGACAGCCUGGGCUGCCCAAGCUUCACAAGCAUGGCAACUUAUGACAGCUUUCUGGAAAAGUCUCCAUCAGACAAAGCUGACACUAGCUCUCACUUUUCAGUGGACACAGAAGGAUACUACACCUCCAUGCACUUUGACUGUGGUCUCAAAGGUAGUAAAAGUUAUGUCUGUCACUAUGCAGCCCUGGGCCCAGAGAAUGGCCAGGGCAUUGGAGUUCCUCCUACUCUUCCGGACUGUGCCUGGCAGGAGUACUUAGACCACAGAAGGCAGGGGAGACCAAGCAUCUCUUUCAGAAAACCAAAGGCAAAGCCGACCCCACCUAAAAGGAGCUCAUCGUUGAGGAAGUCUGAUGGAAAUGCAGACAUUUCUGAGAAGAAAGAACCAAAGAUUAGUGGUGGCCAGCUACUGCCUCACAGUUCCAGGGAAAUGAAGCUGCCUCUUGAUUUCUCCAACACGCCUUCUAGAAUGGAAAAUACCAACCUUUCCACCAAGCAGGAACCUUCUUGGAUUAACCAGAAUGAACAUUGUAUUAAGGAACCUCAGUUAGACACUUCAGAUAUUCCACCAUUCAAAGAUGAAGGUGCUGAAUCAACUCACUAUGCAGACCUCUGGCUUCUAAAUGACUUGAAAACAAAUGAUCCUUACAGAUCUUUAUCUAAUUCAAGCACUGCUACGGGUACCACAGUUAUUGAAUGCAUCAAAUCUCCAGAGAGCUCUGAAUCCCAAACAUCCCAGUCGGAAUCAAGAGCUACCACCCCAUCCCUUCCUUCUGUUGAUAGUGAGUUUAAACUGGCUUCACCAGAAAAGCUGGCUGGCUUAGCAUCUCCAUCAAGUGGCUAUUCAAGCCAGUCUGAAACACCAACAUCCUCUUUCCCUACAGCUUUCUUUUCUGGUCCAUUGUCUCCUGGAGGUAGCAAAAGAAAACCAAAAGUCCCAGAAAGGAAAUCCUCACUACAGCAACCCUCUUUAAAAGAUGGAGCUCUGUCACUAAGUAAAGAUCUUGAACUUCCAAUUAUACCUCCUACCCAUCUUGACCUAAGUGCUCUUCAUGUCUUGAAUAAACCAUUUCACCAUCGUAACCCAUUGCAUGUUUUUAGUCAUAAUAAGCAGAACGCAGUAGGGGAAACACUGAGGUCGAAUCCUCCACCAUCCCUUGCAAUUACACCGACAGUCCUGAAAUCUGUUAAUCUUAGGUCAAUCAGUAAGUCUGAAGAAGUUAAGCAAAAAGAAGGCAACAAUAUGGAACUCCCCUACUUAGAGCAAAGCACUCUCACAAUGGCUGCCCCGUCUCCAGGUAAGAUUAGGCCACAUAUAGCUAAGAAAUCAAUAGCACGUCAGUACUCCACUGAAGACACCAUAUUGUCCUUUUUAGAUUCCUCUGCAGUUGAGAUGGGACCAGAUAAACUACAGUUAGAAAAAAAAUGUGCUUUUGAUGUGAAGAAUCAUUGUGAUCCAGAAACAAUAACCUCAGCUGGUAGCAAUCUUUUAGAUUCAAGUGUCACAAAAGACCAAAUACAUGUGGAGAGUGAGCCUAUUCCUGAAAACACACCAAGUAAAAAUUGUGACUUUCUCACAGAAGGAUUUCAGAAGGUCUCUACUGCCCACCCCAAUGAUUUGGAAGGUAAAAUACUACAAUAUGGAGUUGGUCCAGAUGGAGCCGUAGUACAGGCCCAGAAGGCAUCCUCUGUAGAUCAGGAGGAACUUGCUUACCCUGAGUCUGUGGAUGUGCUCACACCUCAGUCAAACUCACCAACUAGAGCCACAGACAUAAGCAAUCAACUUAAGCAUCAACUUGGGAUGAGCCGCCACCAUGACAAAGUGCCUGGGAAUAUCAGCUAUGAAACAGAGCUAUCAACUGUAAAUUUAUACCCUGAAAAAUGUUCUGAGCAGGAAAAUAUUGCUUCAGGUAUUUCAGCCAAAAGUGCCUCUGAUAACAGCAGAGCAGAGGAGACCCAAGGAAAUGUGGAUGAGGUUUCAUUGAAAGAAUCGUCACCAAAUGAUGACUCUGUGAUUUCACCACUUAGUGAAGACUCUCAGGCUGAAGUGGAAGGUGCGUUUGUGUCUCCAAACAAACCUCGAACAACUGAGGAUUUAUUUGCAGUCAUUCACAGGUCUAAGAGGAAAGUACUUGGAAGAAAAGAUUCUGGAGACAUGUCUGUUCGAAGCAAAUCAAGAGCUUCUCUUGGCAGCAGUAGCAGUAGCAGCACUGGUUCAGUCACUUCACCCAACAGCAAUGCGACCACCCAAAACAGCCAGAGGUCUCCUGGCCUCAUCUACCGAAAUGCUAAAAAGUCCAACACAUCCAACGAAGAGUUUAAACUGUUACUCCUCAAGAAAGGCAGUCGUUCGGAUUCCAGUUACCGCAUGUCUGCUACUGAGAUCCUGAAGAGUCCCAUCCUACCUAAACCUCCUGGGGACCUCACAGCUGAGUCCCCCCAUAGCACCCAUGAAGCCCAUCAAGGGGCACCUGGUGCUGAGGCAUUGUCCCCACUCUCUCCAUGCUCCCCAAGAGUUAAUGCAGAAGGGUUUUCGUCGAAGAACUUUGCCACCUCAGCAUCAGCAAGAGUUGGACGUUCCCGGGCCCCCCCUGUGGCCAGCAGCAGCCGCUACAGUGUCCGCUGCAGGCUGUACAAUGCGCCCAUGCAGGCCAUCUCUGAGGGCGAGACAGAAAAUUCUGAUGGGAGCCCACAUGAUGACCGAUCCUCCCAGAGCUCAACAUAGGUGUCCUGUGCCAGGCUGGCUAUCAAAGGCCAAAACCCUUAGUCAUAUGAGGAUGGGGGAAUAGAACAGAAGACUAGGGAAGUCAGCACAUCAUGGGGUACCAUAACUUACUACCAAUGAAUUUCUAAAUAUUUGCUGGGGAAACAAAAGGUUGUUUGAUCUUUCUUGAUUAUUUUCCAUGUUUUUAAGUAGCACUGUCUUUCAUAUUUUUCUUUAGCUUAGUUUGAUUUACCCGAUGUCAUUCCUUUUGAUAAUAUAGGAUUUUAAAAUGUCUGCUUUUCAUGAAACCUAGAAAAAAGUUUUCCCAGAGCUGCCUAUUCAGAAAACAACCCUCACUGUCAUAAUUCUUAAGAAGAUGAAAUUACUCUGGAGGUUUGGUAUUUUUUUACAUUAAAAUGAACUAAAGCAAAAUUUAGAAGAAAGAACUACACACAUGUAAAUACCAUAUUUUUGAUAAAAAUGUGUAAAUAGAUUUAUCAAUGACGAGUGGACAUGUGGCAAACUAUCUACUGCACACCAACUGUUUAUACAACACAACAGAUAAAGUGUAAUAAUUGUAUUCUGUGAAUACCAUUUUCAUAUCAAAUAUCAUAUUUAAAUGUCCACUAAUAUGAUUUCUAAGUGAUAAACCUCAUAUAUGAAUUUUAAACUGGUGAAAUAAAGUAAAUCUUGAGGUCAUAUACUGAAAUGUGAUUAAUUUCAAAUAAUGAAUUCAGACCUAACCAUUUUUGUGACAAAUUGCAGCACCAAACAAGCUAAUAGUAGUAAUCACGUGGCUGUGAUUUGCCAUGUGGAAAUUUGGACAGAAUGAAAAGCAUGCUUUUGUUUUUUUAAUCAAUGAAAGAAAUCAUCAUUAUCAACACAAUGCCCUGAACAACAGCAUUUGACAGUAUCCUUUAAACUUUAAUUUUUCGGUGGAUUACUUUAAAGAGAAUGAGUAGGGAAAACUAGUUAAUUUUAGGUUAUGUUUUAUAUUAGGCUACUGGGGACAUAAAUAGUCAUAAUCUAAUGACUAUAAUCUUAAAACUCCUUAAACAGUGUAGCAAUUAGCUCCAGGUUCUUUAAUGAAAAUGAAACAUAAGCAUGCCACAGAGCUGUUGAUUUAACAGUGAAUACCUGCAGUGAGUUUUCAGUGAAGCUUCUCUCUGUGCUGAUGAGAUUUGUGCUACCUAAAAAUGAACAGAAAUGACACUGUGAACAAUGUAGUUGGGAAAUAGGUAUGUGUAUAUGCAUUAUUUAUCUUCACUGUUAAGCUGGGAAUGGGGAACAGCUCUGGUUCACAAUGCUACAUGCAACUGAGUUUUUGUCUGAUUUUACUAUAUCUGCUUGAUGGCAAAAGGGGAGGGGUGGUGGGUGGGAAAGGAAAUGUCAGGCAAGUGCUCUGAUAAAAUGAAGGCAGGGAAACAAGCUGAAUUACUUGAAAUUACUUGAAUUUUCUUGUCUUAAAACUGAAAAAAAUGUAGUUACAAGUUGAAAUCUGCAAAUAGUUUUUACACCUCUGAUUUUAACAUGAACUGAUGCCAAUGUUUGAAAUAUGUCAGAAAUAUAAACAGUUAUGUACUUAGAAUAUGUUUUUAAUGGGAGAAGGUAGAAAGUGGAGAGAACUAAAGAGGGAUAUCGCCUAUAAAAGAAGAGAAUGCAAUUAGAAUGAUAGAGCAUACCAGAGUUACCAAGAAAUUGAUAUGCAGCUGGCUUUAAGCUUAUGCAAGUGGUUUUUGGGAAAGUAGGAUGUGUGAAAGCGGGGUUGUGGUUUUGAUUUAAUUCAUGCAAUACGAAGGAGAAAGCCUGGUCUAAGAACAUGCUGUCUUUCAAAUGAAACACUUUCUAAGAUGUUACAGAUUGAGAAUUAGAGAAUCUGAUUGUUGUCGGGUUGUUUGUUUGUUUGUCCAGAAAGGAAAAACAAGUCUGGCUCCUGCUAUUUGUUUUCACUAUCAAGUUGUGUUUCUUAAUUUCUUGUCAUCCUUGUAUGUAAAAUGGGUGCUGAGGGUGGCGGGGUAGAGGAGGGAGGAUGUAUGUAUGUGUGUGCACGUGUGUGCAUUUGCACACUCUUGUGCUGGGAUAGAUAAGCUACCUGGUAAAGGGUACAUUUGAACAUUUACAAAGUGUUAUACUUUUUAUUAAAAGAAAAAUAUUUGGGGGUUUGAAAAAUGGACCAUCAUUUCUCAUUGGAACCCAUUAGUUUAAAAAACCAGCAUGGUUUGACACCACAUGGAAACAUGAAUAUCUGUUUCUCAUGCUUUCAAAAGUACACUUGGCAAAAAUUUAAAAAUAAAGUUUUUAGACAAAUGUGAUAAGAAACAGUCAUUUCCAGUCACAAUAGGUGAUCUUUUGUAAUUUUCAUAAAAGCAGUUCGUUUGCAGUAUGGCUUUGUGUAGUUAGGGGUUUUUUAAGCAUAAAGCAAGGUAUGUGGGCUUUAAAAGUGAUUCUAUAUCUUGAAUAGAAAACAUGAUUGGCUUUAAUAAAUAUGUCACCUUUUUAUUAUUGAUGUUAAUUUAAGUAAUGGUACCAUGUGUGUUUUGAAAUACAUAUUGACUUGAAUUGUGAGGCAAUAAAAUACCUUCUGUAUGUAAUGAUCACAGAACUAACCCUUAUAGUUUUACUUAUUUUGUUUACUCUAAAAAUCUAUAGCAGAGUUGCUCUAUUUUAUAUUUCAUAGAUUAAAAAACCCAAAUAAAGAUGGAUUUUAAAUUCACUGUGGAAAAGAGUACUGAGUAACAAACUGAGUAAAAAAUAAACAAACAAGGAAUUCCUUAGUAGUGUGGAAUAUUCUACAUGGCUUAAUUACAUAGCAUAUAAGACCAAGAUUUAGAGGACUAUUUUCAACAUCACUGCCAUCUUGAAGCAGGGUACACACAUUAGGUAUUGCAAAAAACAUCAAUCCAAACUUUUCUUCUGUUGUUUGCACUGAUGGUAAUUUUUUUAAAUGUUUGUACAACAUGUCUAUGUUAUGUGGGAGAAAUCUUUUUUUCCUUACUUUUGGAUUUUUUUUUUGUUUUGGCUAAGUAGAGGACGUGGACUAGUUACAGCAAACAAAACACACUGUUUGCUCUUGCCAAAGGUCAGUGAGUGAGUACAUUAGCUACGGUGGUGGCAGACUUAGAAAACUAGAUCAUGACAAAGAUGUAAAACUAUAAAGAAGGUUACAGUGUAACUAUUUUGGUACUAGAAACAGUUCAUGCUAGCCAAAAAGACAAUGGUUUAUGGACUUGCAUCCAUUUUGUAUUUUUGUAAUAUUGUAAAUAUGAACUUUUUAAAUUGUUGCAAAAACGGUUUCUUUUGUAAGUUUUCAACGUUUACAUUCAAUUCAAGCCUUUGUAUAUUUUAGAGCUGUGCAACACUUUAAGUCUUGUAUUUAUUUUUAGUAAAAAUGGUGACAGUUUUAUUGUGAACCCCUCUCAAAAAAUGUACCAGGAAAGUUUGAUUACCUAGAAAGUGUGUAUAGAAACUGCAAAUAAACGUGACUGCAAUUAAACAA